GUAAAAGUGGGCGCAAUGACAUGUGCAUGUUUGGCUGGCGACAGGAACAAUAUGAUCAGAACAGGGCUAGGUAGCUAAAUCGUAUGCGCAAAUUUCAAUUUCAGAGACGUUUCCAUUUUAAAGACAUUACUGCUUCCUGCGAUAAGGUAGUUGACUGCAGCAAGAAGGAAGUAGCUAACAAGCCAGUUUAUUGAGAAGAACAGAAGAAGAAACACCUGCUAAAAUAGCUACACGUGGGGAACUCGACUGUUGGAGAAGGAUAUGGAGCCCAGUGAAAAUUACACGUAUUUUAUUAUUGAGGAUGGCUACAGAUCCGGCCGAAUAUGCUACACGGAGAAAGAUCAGUACUUUAAAAAAAAGAGUGACUCUUCAUAUAUUUUGAGAGUCAAGGCUCUGGGCCAUCAGGAGACGUCUGUACAGUUCAAAGAAAUCAAGCAACUAACAAAGCAGGAGGCAGAAUUCUUGUAUGCCCUGGAAAGUGACAAGGAGAGGCUUGCUGCCUUUUGGGAGAGAGAGGGGCUGGACUUGGCCCCCACCCUUAGACAAAGCAGCCAGGUGGCAGUGAAGGUGAACGAGGAGUGGUGUCAGGGGGUGGUCCGCUACAUCGGGGGGAUUACACGCACAAAAUACUCUGACCCCAUAACAGGAACCUUUUUUGGGAUCGAAUUGCAGGGGAACGAUAAAGGAAAAGGAUUGUGUGAUGGGAAGUUUGGCAGUGAGAGACACUUCACCUGCAGUAAGAACUGCGGCAUUUUUGCCCCCUUCACCAUUGUCCGACCCAGGGACCCAAAACCCCAGGAGUCCCCAAAACCCCUGCAGGACCCUGCGGGGACCCUGGUCCUCGGAGACAGAGUGACCUUCUUUUUGAAUGACGACAGCAGCCGUAAUGGCAUGGUCCUGGCACUGGAAGGCAAUGUCGUCGUCAUAUCACCGGACUUGAACGAUAAGAAUGACAGUGCGGACUUCGUGAGGAUACCUCUGGAAGCUGUCAUUAGAGAGGAACUUCUCUCGCCAGCAGGUCCCAGCGUGAAGACACAGCCGGACACGACCGACCCCUCAGCGGGAAUGGCGAGAGACAUCGAGAGGUCCUCUGACGUCCUCGGCCUGAACUCUGUGGUGGAGGUGGACCUCAGCCAAGGCAGGACAGUGUACGGGACGGUGCGCUGGAUCGGCAAGCUGCCGGGACAGGAGGGAACCAUAUUGGGCCUGGAGCUGGAGGAGCCCAGUGGAGUGACUGACGGGACGUUCUCUGGUCAGCGUAUGUUCACCUGUCUGCCCAAAAGGGGGUUGUUUAUGAAGCGAGACUCCUGCCGUCCGGACUCCCGCUUCCAUACCCCCAGCCACAGAGAGGGGGCGCUGUCCAGGAGCAUGUCCAACAAACACAUGGAGAGAAACGGAGUGCUGGAUUCCACAGUGUCUGGCAGUGUCGCCCCCCUCAGCUCUGAGCAGGUACUGCAGGUGCUGGUGGGCAGGAUGAGGGGGAUCCAGGGCCACUGUAACUCCUGCUACAUGGACUCCGCCCUCUUCAGCCUUUUCUCCUGCUCCUCCACGUUGGACUCCCUGCUCUUCAUGUCCACACACCAGCAGGACGCUGCUGUUCAGACCACCCUGCUGCAGCAGAUAGUCAACCCCCUGCGCAGUAAGGGAUUUGUUCCUAGUGAAAACGUGAUGAAACUGCGCAGGCAGCUGCAGGAUGGGGGCCACAGCGACCACACCUUCACUACGGAGGAGAAAGAUCCAGAAGAAUUCCUGACCCUUGUUAUGCAGCGAAUUCUGUGUUUGGAGCCACUUCUUAAACUCAGGUCAGCAGGGGACAAGGUGCAGGAGAACUACUGUUACCAGAUUUUCCUGGAUCAGAAACACUCACUCAUUCUGCCAACCGUUCAGCAGCUGCUGGAGCACUCUCUCCACUGGUCCGGGCUCACACUGGCCGAGAUCCCCUCCUGCCUCAUCCUGCAGAUGCCGCGCUUCGGCAAGAAGUUCAAGCUGUUCGACAAGAUCAUUCCAUCCCUGGAGCUCGACAUCAGUGACCUCCUGUCAGAGAGUCCUCGAGAGUGUGUGUUAUGCGGUCAGCUGGCUGGUUUGGAGUGCACAGACUGCUUCACAGAUCCGACCUUUGGAAGGACAGGUUUCAAACAGUUCUGCCGAACCUGCUCUGCACAGGUACACAGCCACCCCCAGAGGAAGUUGCACCGGCCCUCUGAUCUUCGCCUGCCGGAGGGGUACCCCCCCUCGGGGGCCAGGCAGUGGGGACCCCCCCGGGAGAAGCUGCAGCUGUUCGCCGUGCUGUGCAUAGAGACCAGCCACUACGUGUCCUUCGUCCGAUACGGGCCCCGCCCCGGGGACUGGCUCUUCUUCGACAGCAUGGCUGACCGAGUCGGAGACCAGGACGGGUACAACAUCCCGCAGGUGCAGCUGUGUCCUGAGGUGGAGCGCUACCUGCAGAUGAGCCCGGCGGAGCUGGCCACUCAGGUGCCCCGGGAAAUGGAGGGCGUGGCCAAACGUCUCUUCUGCGACGCCUACAUGUACCUGUACCAGAGCCCGAGCAUGGCCCUGUACCGCUGAGCGUAGUACACCUGUACCCUUACCUGCAGCUCACCUUUAACUUACCUGUACCCUUACCUGCAACUCACCUUUAACUUACCAGUGCCUUAUCUGUGAGAUGCCUUUUUAUGUGCCUGCACCUUACCUUUUACUUACCUGUACCUUACCUGCAACUCACCUUUAACUUACCUGUACCCUUACCAGCAACUCACCUUUUACUUACCUGUACCCUUACCUGCAACUCACCUUUAACUUACUUGUACCUUAGCUUUCAAUUGCCUUUUACUUACCUGUACAUCACCUGUCCCUCACCUGUAACACCCUACCACGUGGGAGUUCUCCUGCACCAUAGUGCCAAACACAUCAGCCUGCAUCAGCCUGUCUGGCAGCUGCUGAAGACCCUACAGCCUGUCUGGCAGCUGCUGAAGACCAUCAGCCUGUCUGGCAGCUGCUGAAGACCCUACAGCCUGUCUGGCAGCUGCUGAAGACCCUACAGCCUGUCUGGCAGCUGCUGAAGACCCUCAGCCUGUCUGGCAGCUGCUGAAGACCCUACAGCCUGUCUGGCAGCUGCUGAAGACCCUACAGCCUGUCUGGCAGCUGCUGAAGACCCUACAGCCUGUCUGGCAGCUGCGAAGACCAUCAGCCUGUCUGGCAGCUGCUGAAGACCUACAGCCUGUCUGGCAGCUGCUGAAGACCCUACAGCCUGUCUGGCAGCUGCUGAAGACCAACAGCCUGUCUGGCAGCUGCUGAAGACCCUACAGCCUGUCUGGCAGCUGCUGAAGACCCUCAGCCUGUCUGGCAGCUGCUGAAGACCAACAGCCUGUCUGGCAGCUGCUGAAGACCCUACAGCCUGUCUGGCAGCUGCUGAAGACCCUACAGCCUGUCUGGCAGCUGCUGAAGACCCUACAGCCUGUCUGGCAGCUGCUGAAGACCCUACAGCCUGUCUGGCAGCUGCUGAAGACCCUACAGCCUGUCUGGCAGCUGUUGAAGCUGACGCCAGGGAUCCCUUCAGCCUUGGAAUGGCAGCGGGCUUUUGGGGCGACUAAAACGUCUUUUGUUAAUUAGCCUAUGCAACAGGACAGCUGAAACCCAGUUAGUUAACCCAGGGGUUACAGGUAGAUAAAUCAUGCCCCCUGCUGAAUCGCCUGUAGCUCACCUGUCUGUCCUGCUAUGGGGCUUUGGCAAGGCAGUCAGCCACCUCUGUGCAGGACCAAAUACUUAAAACACAAAACCUGCUCCUCUACUAGGCUCACCUGUACCAAAAUACCUGCUCUGUACUAGGCUCACCUGUACCAAAAUACCUGCUCUGUACUAGGCUCACCUGUACCAUACCUGUUCUGUACUAGGCUCACCUGUACCAUACCUGCUCUGUACUAGGCUCACCUGUACCAAAAUACCUGCUCUGUACUAGGCUCACCUGUACCAAAAUACCUGCUCUGUACUAGGCUCACCUGUACCAAAAUACCUGCUCUGUACUAGGCUCACCUGUACCAAAAUACCUGCUCUGUACUAGGCUCACCUGUACCAUACCUGUUCUGUGCUAGGCUCACCUGUACCAUACCUGUUCUGUGCUAGGCUCACCUGUACCAAAAUACCUGCUCUGUACUAGGCUCACCUGUACCAUACCUGUUCUGUGCUAGGCUUGCCUGUACCAUAAUACCUGUUCUUCACAUGUGCCAUUACCUGCAAGUUGCCUGUUUUUUUUUUUACACUACUCUGAACUUACAAUGAACACAGAAGAUACACUGUUUUUUUAGAAAUUCAAAUCUGCUCUUCAAGUCCGAUUGUUGUUUGAGCUUCAUGUGGAACUGGAAGGACAAUCUGUAUAGUUUGUGUGGAGUCGAUAUUAAUCUUUGCUAUUUUUUCAGAGGGUAAGGUUAUUUUUCAGCCAAGCCAAGCUGACCAUCAGUGGCCAGUGCCCUUAAUUAGCUCUGUGAUGCCUUUGCUUGGCAACGGAUGUAAAUAAGGAGAAGGGGAAAAAAAAAAGAGAAAACUUCUGCACUUUAAAACAAAACAAAAAAAAAAUGAAGAUGAAAUGUAUUGUUGCCAUGGAAAUUACUGUGCUGUAAAACUGAAACUUAGCUGAUCGAAGUGCUUUGACAAUCAAAAGGUGAAGCUUUCAUUUCGUAAAUUGUCUGUAAGCCUGUUAGUAGGUCGGAACUUUAGUACGCACUUUUCCAAAGGGCUUUGUGGAUUUUAAAUUUGCUUUUUUAAAAUAAAAAUAUCAUAUGUAUGCAA